CGCAAAGCCCUCUCGCAGCGCCCACGAGGGUGCUGCUGAUGCCAGUGCCGGCUGUCCUAGUGGUGAUAGCAGCAAAACUGGCAACGCCAACGCGUGUAGCCAACAGACUACCAAGCCUACGAACAUUAGCAACCCAACCUUCCAAGUCUUCACCACCACACAAACGUCCACGACCCAGCCUACCUCACCCUCGACAGGCGGCUCCCCCACAGCCUCCAGCACCCUCCCCUCCUCCUCCCCUCCGCCACCGUCUCAGUCUACCUCACCGCCCCCGCGGAACACUGAUGACUCCCCCGGCACUCCAGGUACCCCGGGCUCCUCCGCUGGAGCCUCCUCAGGCGCUGUUGCUGGGGCGGAUACCGGGGACGCUAGCCCGGGUGGGGGCGCUACGCCACAAUCGCACGUGUCCGUCAGGUUGACGGCGGCUGGGCGGCGGAGCAACAAGCAGCAGGAUACGCAGCGUGGGGAGAUGCAGGAGCAGGAGCAGGGGGAAGUGGGAGGACAGAAGAAGCAAGAGCAGGGAGGGAAGCAGGAACAGCCUCGCUACAACCCCAAGCAGCUACGUGGCCGCUCCAGCAGGGCAGAAGGCAACGGAGGAGCUGACAGCGACAGCGGCGGCAACGACCCCCGAGACCACAACGGCCAGCAGGGGCCUCCUGGUCGGUCUCUGUACCUUGAGAACGCGCUGAUCGACAGCUACUCCUGGCACGGCAUCAAGCGGCUGUACCGCUUUGGCAUCUUCUUCCUCCUGGUUUUCAUGGCGCUGUGGUGGCAGACGGAAAAUGGCGCGGCGGCCUUCAAGAGCAGC